GUUUUUCUUUACAUCAGCUGAAGAGCUCACGUACUUGGGCAGCGCCUAGUUUCUCCAUUUUUUCUCCUCUCUUUUGCCUUUCCAAAUGAAGCUCUUACAAUCUCUAAAACCAAUUAAUUUGAUUGCAUUCCGGAGUGAAUUCGUGAAUUUCUACUCUACAGUUGUGAAGGAUAACCUUUACAGAAGGAUUUCUCCGGUGGGUGACCCUAAUAUCUCUGUAACUCCACUUCUUGAUCAGUGGGUGUUAGAAGGCAGGCUUGUUCAGCAAGACGAACUUCGGCAUAUCAUCAAGGAGCUUAGGGUUUACAAGCGGUUCAAACAUGCUCUUGAGAUAUCAAAGUGGAUGAGUGAUAAAAGAUACUUUCCUUUAUCGACUGCUGAUAUCGCAAUACGGAUGAAUUUGAUCUUAAGAGUUCAUGGGUUGGAACAAGUGGAAGAUUAUUUCGAUAACAUGCCUAGUCAGUUGAAAAGGUACCAAGUUCAUAUAGCUCUUCUUAACUGCUAUGCGCAUGAAAAGUGCGUGGAUAAAGCCAAUGCCUUCAUGCAGAAAAUUAAGGAAAUGGGUUUUGCUAAUUCUCCUCUUCCAUACAAUAUCAUGAUGAAUCUUUAUCACCAAAUUGGAGAAUUUGAGAGAUUAGAUUCUCUGUUGAAAGAAAUGAAAGAAAGGGGUGUUUAUUAUGAUCGAUUCACAUACAGCAUCCGAAUAAGUGCAUAUGCUGCUGCAUCUGAUUUUAGGGGAAUCGAAAAGAUCAUGGAACAAAUGGAAUCAAAUCCGAGUAUUGUUCUAGAUUGGAACUGUUAUGUCAUUGCUGCAAAUGCUUACAAUAAGGUUGGCUUAAUAGACAAAUCCAUUUCCAUGCUGAAGAAAUCAGAAGGUCUCCUAGCAAAUGUCAAAAAGAAAGGUUUUGCAUUUAAUGUCUACCUCAAACUAUAUGCCAGAAAUGGAAAGAAAGACGAGAUACACCGCAUUUGGAAUCUCUACAAGAAAGAAAAAAUCUUCAACAAAGGUUUCAUCAGCAUGAUAACAUCACUUUUGAUAUUAGACGAUAUCAAAGGUGCAGAGCGUAUUUACAAGGAAUGGGAGACCAGGAAACUGUCAUACGACUUGCGGAUUCCAAACUUGUUGGUUGAUGCGUAUUGUAGAGCUGGUCUAAUGGAGAAAGCUGAAGUGCUUCUAAAUGAGAUGGUGAUUGUAAGACGCAAGUUUUCGGUCGAGUCGUGGUGCUAUUUAGCGAGUGGAUAUCUUCAGAAAGAUCAACUACCUCAGGCAGUUGAGACACUGAAGUUAGCAGCCAGUGUGUGUCCAUCACGACUGAACUACGUCAAGGAAAUUUUGGCAGCAUUUUUGGAUGGGAAGCAAGAUGUGGAAGAAACUGAGAAAGUGGUUAAUUUGUUGAGGGAAAAAGAUGACUCUCAUCCUGCUCGUGCUCAUGAUUACAUUGUUGGAGCGAUUAUGACCGAAUCCGCCUAAUUUAACUUUUAUUCUAAAAGAACCCUUAAGUACUUAAGGGAUAUUUAGUAAGCAAUGGUGAUUAUCAGUCGGUUAGGUUUUUUUAUAUAAAAAAUUGAUCUACCAUAGUUGGUUUAGUGAAGUCUCAAAACGUCCUUAACAUCGAUGAGUAAGGGUCGGUCAGGUUGGUUUAACACUUAAAAUAUUUUUUGGAAAUUCUCGAUUUGAAACUUUUCAAAA